UGCUAGCAGCUAGGCUAGCUUUAGACACUGCUAACACAUCAGUAUCUUCAGUAUGGCUUGGUAUUGCCUUGGUGUGACCUUGCUCCUGUCUGUGUGGGCAACUGGAAAAUCUGAAAACAUUCCUGAUGGAGUACUUCAAAUGGAGUGCUGUGAUCGUUACUUGAUGAUAGCUGUUGCUCUCCCCUUCACUGCGACUGACACUCAUUUUGAGGCUGUUGAUGAGACAGGUGUGUACCCCAUCACUAAGCAGUAUGCAGCAAAGUGUGGCUACACCAUCCGUGUUCUCCCUCUACUGGCCCGCAUGCAGUUCCGAGCCGCUUACUUCAGCUGUCACGCAGAAAACGAAGAUGACAAAGUGUUCACAUUCAACUUCAACCUGAUUACCACACAUCAAGCAAAGAAGCUCACCUAUGCCUUGAACAAGACCUGCUCUCCUGCUCUCCCCUGGUCUCCCAGAGAGGUUACCUGUGAGACCAACUACAUGGAAGUGUCUGUGAGGAGUGACGUGGCCUGUCAAACUGGGAUAAAGAGACACGACUGGGAUGCUGUUGCCAAAACUGCCUAUGCCUCGGCCACCUCAGAUUGGCAGGUGAUGUUCCAGAGGGUAGAGCAAGAGCUGGUGCCCAUGAGCUUUGUUAAAGCUCACAAGCAGGGUUAUGCGUUUGACUUGACAGAUGGAAGGCUGGUAUUUCGUACACCGUAUGGACAACCUGACUCCCUCAGCACUGAGGUGAAUGGUGUUCCAGUAGAGGUGGUCCGUGCAACUCUGUUCUCCAGACAAAGAUGGAUCAUCCUCAUAGUCGACCUGGUGGCUGCUUGCUCCAUGGAUGAGGGAUCAUAUGACGACCGCGGCUACAUGGUGUGGGAGACUCCUGAUGCACUGUACCCAGGUCUUCACAGCACAAAACUCAACAUUGGACUCAAUGGUGAACUUGAGGAACAGCGGGUUGCAGUGGAGAGAGGCUACAUUUUGAAGAAGCGCAACACCACACUGCAGAUCAGCAUCCCCUAUAAUGCAAAAGGAGGAUACAGGAAGAGCUUUGUGUCUGGCAACCUUUACGAGUUUUACAUCUUUGAUUUGUACUUGGAGCAAAUCUCAGUGGAUGAGGAUCACGUAGAGACCAGACUUCGCUUUCAAGGGACACUGGCCACUCCUGUGCUGCCACACCCUGUUUUCACUGCAAACCGAACGGUUCUUGAGGAGCGCACCUUCACGAUCUACCUCGGCGACGUCCCUGAAGACGUUGAGUUGGCAGCUGUUAAUUUGAAUGGACAAGAACAUACAGUUCCCUUUACAAAUGAGAGCAGCCGCGCCAUCACAAAUGUUGUUUAUCCCAACAACACUCAUGGCUACACCCUGAAGGUGCCUUUUGAUGACCCUGAUGUCAUACAGCAGUACUCCAGAGAAGAUGCAGUUCUUUACUAUAGGCUGGACAUCAACUACACACUGACUGUUCUGCCUGAAAACGAACUGUAUUACCACCUGGCCUCUAUUGAGGCAUUGUUCACAGAUGUCUAUCCUCCAUCGUUGGAUGCCGCCUGUUCCGAGUCUGGGAUCAGCUUCAAACUGGACCACCGGCCUUUUGGCUACCUGUGGGAGCUCCGUGUCGGCUCUGACCCGCUGACGUCAGAGCUGGCAGCCCAGCACGGCUACAUCAUGAGCAAUGAUAGCCAGAGUCUGCUGCUCAAUGUGCCGCUCUUCACUCAUGGCUACAAGUACAAGGACGUUACUUUGAAGGGCUUCUCUGGCACUUUUGAGGUCAUUGUGUGGGAUCGUGAAGCAUCCGAGGUCCAGAGUUCAGCUGUCACGACUUGCCUCUUCUCUGCUCCUGAACUCAUUAUGUGUUCGACUGAUGGGAGGAUGACCGUGGUGGCUGACUUGUCUCUGGCCGUCCCAAGCGGAGGAGUUCCUGCCAGAACCAACCUCCUAGAUAAACACUGUGGCCCCAGAGAGGCAGAUGACACCAGGGCUCUCUUCUCUUUUCCGGUCAACAGCUGUGGAUCCAUAGUCAAGCUUGGCAUGGAAACUGUGACCUAUGAAAACCAAAUUUUCUUCAGCAAGACGUUGCAUGCUGUGAAACAUCAAGCAGACUUGGGCAAUGAGAUUGACAGGGUGAGGGUGCAGUGUACAUAUGCGCUGGACGGACUGAGCCGCACAGUAUACAGGUUUCAAUCUGAAGAAGCUGGAGUAGGUCACAUUGUGCACUCCAGUGGAGGUCUACGGAGUCCCGUCAUCCAGCUUUCUACUGUGCCUCAAAAGCCAGUGCCCAUUUCCAGAAAACGAGUCUCAAUAAGACGUGGUUACCGCCCACCUGCUAAGCACAUCAGAGUAUCCAGCUUUCUAAAGAAUCGUUACAAGAAAGGAGCUAGAGGAUCCAAGCCAAAGGGAAUAUCUCCAUAUCAUAAAGGACAUUUGUGUAUUAAGUGUAAAUCUCAAUAAAAUGGUGUCUUAAAAAUA